AUGACCUCCCUCUGGCCCGAUCUCGCCGCGGCCUCCAUCUCCGCCUCGUUGAUUUCGCCCGUCAUCGCUCUGAUCGACAAGUCUCUCAUCCCUAAGAAUAACUCCCCCUCUCUCCCCGCAAAACCCAAACCCCCCGUCUCCUUCGCCCGUCCCCUCGGAAUCGUCUGGACCCUCUACGCGACCACCUACACCGUCGCUAAUACCGGCGACUCGCUGUCGUCGCAAGUGCAAUACCAGCAUGCCGCCCUACUAGCCAGCGCCACGACCGUCGCCGUGAACGUGCCGCUAGGGAUUUGGAAAGAUCUACGAUUUGCGCAGCUGUUCGCGGGGGGUGCGACGGCGGUGACGACGGCAGCAAAGACGGCGCAAGAGGCCGUCUCCACGGUGUCCAAGGAAGUCGUCGGGAAGGAGAUCUCGAAGAUGGGCAUGCGAUCGGGCACACGGAAACCAGGUGUAGGAGGAGGCCGUCUCGCCACGGGGGCCUUUUUUCUACGCGACGUCAUCACCAUCGUCGCCUCGUUCACGUUGGCGCCGCGCUGCGCAGAGUACCUGUCCACGUCGGGGAUGUUGGACUCCGCGUCGAGCGAGACCCGCGAGGACCUCGCGAUGAAGAUAAAGGGGGAAGCGCAUCCGCAUGAAAUCUCGCAGAAAGCGACCAUCAUCGCGCAAAUGGUCAUCCCCGUGUUAUCGCAGGUCGUCGCCACGCCGGUGCAUCUGGUCGGGCUGGAUAGUUUCUCAAGGCCGACGGCCAGCUGGGCCGAGAGGAUGGCGUUUGUUCGGAAGCAUGUGCUCUCGACGACGGUGGGACGGUGUUUGAGGAUUAUUCCGGCGUUUGGGGUGGGUUGUUUGGUGAAUACGGAGUUGAGGUUGUUUUUUGCUUAG